UGCCCCAUCAUUAGUGUCAGUGGGAGGAACAGCGCCUCAUCAUUGGUGUCAGUGGAAGGAAUAGUGCCCCAUCAUUUGUAUCAGUGGGAGGAAUCAUGCCCCAUCAUUGGUGUCAGUGGGAGGAAUAGCACCCCAUCAUUGGUAUCAGUGGGAGGAAUAGUGCCCCAUCAUUAGUCAGUGGGAGGAAUAGUGUCCCAUCAUUGGUGUCAUGGGGGAGGAAUAGUGCCCCAUCGUUGGUGUCAGUGGGGGAGGAAUAGUGCCCCAUCAUUGGUGUCAGUGGGGGAGGAAUAGUGCCCCAUCGUUGGUGUCAGUGGGGGAGGAAUAGUGCCCCAUCAUUGGUGUCAGUGGGGAGAAUAGUGCCCCAUCAAUGGUGUCAGUGUGGAGGAGGAAUAG